AUGGCCGAAAUCACUACCAUAGCCCAGCAGUUUGUCCAAUUUUACUACUCGACUUUCGACUCAGAUCGCUCCAAUCUGUCUUCCCUCUAUCGACCAGGUUCCAUGCUGACAUGGGAAGGGACACCAAUACAGAGCGCGGCUUCGAUCAUCGAGAAAUUGACCAGCCUACCGUUCUCGAAGGUACAACACAAGGUGGAGACUCUCGAUGCCCAACCAUCGUCCCCCACUACACCCAGCAUAAUUGUUGCAGUCACUGGAUUACUCCAGGUCGAUGAUAGCCCCAACCCACUGCAAUUCAGUCAGACGUUCCAUCUCAUUCCAGAUGGCGGCAGCUAUUAUGUUCAAAACGACAUCUUCCGUCUAAAUUAUGGCGCUUAA